GAGUCUUAAAAAUCCGUGAACCCAACCGGAGGAGUUAUUCACCCACCGGCGGAGACCGCGCGCGCUGCUAGUCGGUGUUUGUUUGUGUUUGUGUUAGCUCGACCGGACCUGAAACCAACAUGGCGAACGGACACGUGGAAAUCCACGACCCCUUCCUGAACCACCGUGACCCUGAACGCACCUCGGACUCGGACGGCAUGGAGGACUCUGUGGAGCUCCGGCUCAUGAUGGCGUACGCCAGGAGGAGGCGGCGGCCUCAAAGGGGAGGAGCCUCACCCUUGCUGACGCUUCCGUCAUUCGGGAUAAAAGGCGUCAGCGGGGCGUUGUCCCCCCUCCAGACGCCGGACAAGGCUGAAAAAGAGGAGGAGGAGGAGGAGAUAAAGAAAAGGAGGAUGAAAAAGAAGAAGAAGAGGAGAUUGAGCAUGAAGGGAUGGAGGCGGAAUAUUUUUAGCUGCAUCAAACCUCAGACGGACGACGAAGAAUUGCGACAGAAGAUCGCCGAGGGGGCCGACGCCGAGGGGGCCGACGCCGACGACCGCUGUGGACCGCUUAGAGGAGGUGAACGACAAGAGAAUACACGCAGGUGGAGUAAAACGGCCGACCAGCAAGUCAAGACAUACAGAGACCGGACAACAGACAGACAACAACUGACAGACAGAAAGAAUGAAAGUCCAACCUGGGCAGAUGGAGGAGGGAGGAGCCGUUACAGUCUAGUGCUGACAGAGCUGGUUAAAGAAGAAGAGGAGGAAGAGGAGUUGAACGAGACUGCACGCAAGCUGACAAAGAUCGCUGAUGAAAUCCCGCUCACGCCUCCAGACGUGGAGACAGACUCUCCAGAAGACGUAGACGUAGACGUGAACGUGGAGAAGCUGAUCAGCCUCCUGCUGCGAGGAGCCGGAGACCGCCUGAACGAGAAGGAGCUGAAGGACCACUCCAUCGCCUCCGAGCUCUUCUGGGACUACUCCUUCUUCAGGCAGCUGAUGACGGCGCUGCUCACCCGGUUGGGGCUCCGGAGCCGCCACCCCGACUCCCCGGGGCCCAAAGCGUCGCCCAAGACGCAGAUCGCCGUCGCCUGCGAGGUCACCAGCCGCCUGUCGGACGUGAGCUCGCUGCCCCGGAACCGGCUGCUGGACCACGGGGCCCGGUACCUGCAGCACUACUAUUCCCCCUGGGCGCUGCAGCACGGAGGAUACGAGGAAGCUUUUUACAGCGAGGAUGAAGACGAAGAUGAGGACGACUGCCGGUGAAUGGACUCAACACAACGUCCACAAGCAGCGCUGGACUUACGUUCACGUUGUGCGGCCGGCGACCCGACGACCCCGCGGUGAUCUCACCUUGACAAACGAGGAUCACUCUGAACACGUCGCCAAUCACAAUGAACCUGUUAUCAUGAAACCGUCUCACUGAGCUGCCCACGUUAUCGAGGUCACUGGUCUGGGAAGUGGUUCUCCACCAGCCGAGGACCAGUGAGCACAAAGAAGUUUGAGUCUCACACUUUUUAGUGCAUGUGUGUGUGUGUGUGUGUGUGUGUAGUGACCAGAUGAGCCGUACCGUAUCUCCAGAAUCUCAUUUUAAAUGGUUUCUUCGUCAUAAACGAUUGUUGUGCUUUGAUCUCAAAGUCUAAAUUAUUUUUCAACUUUUGUCUGGUUUAUUUAAAAAAAUAAGUUAUUUGAAUAAUUAUUAUUAUUUCAGGGAUAUAUAGGGUGUAGCUGUAGUCAUUUUUAAAUUGGUACGAUUUGUGCUGGAGUUUAGUGGACACGUAUAUAUAACAAAAAAAUAUUGGUAUAUUUUAAAUUGUUUUGACUACACUUAUUCAUGAAAAUGAAUUUAAAUGUUUCUGAGGGAUGUACCAAGUUGUGCCUCAGAAACUGUAUGUGUGUGUUUUAAUAAAAUGUUCCUUCACAUAAAUGACUGUAAACAUU